AUGGGCUUCGGAAAUUACCUCACCUUGACGAGGGCGGUCCACAAGCGCCGCCGCACCUGGCCGCAAGGGGCUUCGCGGCGAGGAAGAUCCAGGCGAUGCUGCUUGACUGAGAGGUGGGAGCACGUCCGGGCGGCGAGGGAGAUCCAGGGUAUGGUCCUCAGCGGAUUAGGGGAGCUCGGCGUCGGGCAGGUCGUGGCCACAGGCGGGCGUCGCUCGUCGAUGCGCGCUGGUUCGGCGGGUAAGGCGCGGCAAGGCACGGACGGCGUGGGCGGCCAGGCGUGCUGGCCCCCGCUUGCGGAUGCGGAGAGGGCAGCAGCGGUGGAGGACGACGACCUCGGAGCGGCGGCGGUCUGA